AUGGCUGCACAAAUGCCAGAAUCUGAUCAGAUAAAACAGUUUAGGGAAUUCCUUGGAACAUACAAUAAACUUACAGAAACCUGCUUUCUGGACUGUGUAAAAGACUUUACAACAAAAUAUCAUAUUCAGCAGAAUGAAGCCCUGGCAGCCAAAGCUUGA